GCACCCUUACUUGGCGCAGUGACACACCGACAAGGAGCCAUGGGACGCCGCGCGCGCUUCGCCCUCCACGUCGUCCCUUCGGCAGCGGCAGCGGCUGCGCUGGCGCUCCUGCAGCUGCUGGCGUGGUGGUCACAUGUCGCCGUCGCGUCCGACCCGCCCUUCACCUGCGGCGCCGGCGCGCCGCCCAACAUACCGUUCUGCGACGUGCGGCUGCCCGUCGACCGGCGCGCGGACGACCUCGUCUCGCGGAUGACGGUGGACGAGAAGAUCUCGCAGCUCGGGGACCAGUCCCCGGCCAUCGCCCGGCUCGGCGUGCCGGCGUACAAGUGGUGGUCCGAGGCGCUGCACGGGGUGUCCAACGCCGGCCGCGGCAUCCACCUCGACGGCCCGCUCCGCGCGGCCACCAGCUUCCCGCAGGUCAUCCUCACCGCCGCGUCCUUCAACCCGCACCUCUGGUACCGCAUCGGCCAGGUGAUCGGCGUCGAGGCGAGGGCGGUGUACAACAACGGUCAGGCCGAGGGGCUCACCUUCUGGGCGCCAAACAUCAACAUCUUCAGGGACCCGCGGUGGGGCAGGGGCCAGGAGACCCCCGGCGAGGACCCGACGAUGACCGGCAAGUAUGCCGCCGUCUUCGUCAGGGGCGUGCAGGGCUACGGCAUCGCCGGCGCCGUCAAAUCAACGGACCUCGAGGCCUCCGCCUGCUGCAAGCACUUCACCGCCUACGACCUCGAGAACUGGAAGGGAAUCACCCGAUACGUCUUCGACGCAAAGGUGACGGCACAGGAUCUGGAGGACACGUUCAACCCUCCGUUCAAGAGCUGCGUCGAAGAUGGCCACGCCAGUGGCAUCAUGUGCUCCUACAACCGCGUCAAUGGCGUGCCAACGUGCGCCGAUUACAACCUCCUCUCCCAAACUGCAAGGAAGGAUUGGGGAUUUUACGGAUAUAUCACUUCGGACUGCGACGCUGUGGCGAUCAUCCAUGACGCACAAGGAUAUGCCAAGACAGCAGAAGAUGCAGUUGCAGAUGUCCUCAAGGCUGGAAUGGACGUGAAUUGUGGCAGCUACGUGCAGCAACACGCUGCCUCUGCGCUCCAGCAAGGGAAGAUCACAGAGCAAGACAUCAACAGAGCCCUCCACAACCUCUUCGCCGUCAGAAUGAGGCUGGGGCUCUUCAACGGCAACCCGAGAUACAACCGGUAUGGCAACAUCGGCCCAGACCAGGUCUGCACACGGGAGCACCAAAACCUCGCUCUGGAAGCGGCGCAGGACGGCAUCGUCUUGCUGAAGAACGACGCCAACGCUCUUCCUCUGUCCAAAUCUAAAGUCUCAUCCCUUGCUGUCAUCGGAUUCAACGCCAAUGACGCCACGAGGCUGCUCGGAAACUACUUCGGCCCUCCCUGCAUAUCAGUGACCCCUCUUCAGGUGCUGCAAGGCUACGUGAAGGACACGAGGUUCGUCGCCGGCUGCAACUCGGCCGCCUGCAACGUGUCGUCGAUCCCCGAAGCGGUCCAGGUGGCAAGUUCGGUGGACUACGUCGUCUUGUUCAUGGGGUUGGAUCAGGAUCAGGAGAGGGAGGAGGUUGAUCGGCUGGACCUGACGCUCCCGGGAAUGCAGCAGAGCCUCAUCGAAAGCGUCGCGAAAGCGGCGAACAAACCGGUGAUCUUGGUGCUGCUGUGCGGUGGCCCGGUGGAUGUGAGCUUCGCAAAGACUAACCCCAAGAUUGGGGCCAUCCUGUGGGCUGGUUACCCGGGCGAGGCUGGCGGCAUUGCCAUUGCCCAAGUCCUCUUCGGAGAGCACAACCCUGGUGGAAGGCUGCCAGUGACGUGGUAUCCACAAGAUUUCACAAGAGUGCCCAUGACGGACAUGCGGAUGCGCGCCGACCCAGCCACAGGAUACCCUGGCCGGACAUACCGCUUCUACCGCGGCCCAACCGUCUUCAACUUCGGCUACGGCCUCAGCUACUCCAAGUACUCCCAUCAGUUCGUCACGAAGGGCACGAAGCCGCCUUCCACGAGCAGCAUCGCCGGCCUGAAGGCGCUGGAGACAGCGGCAGCCGGCACGGUGAGCUACGACGUGGAGGAGAUCGGGUCCGAGACGUGCGACCGGCUCAAGUUCCCGGCGCUCGUGAGGGUGCAGAACCACGGGCCCAUGGACGGCAAGCACCCGGUGCUGCUGUUCCUGCGCUGGCCCAACGCGACGGACGGCAGCGGCAGGCCGGCCAGCCAGCUGAUCGGGUUCCGGAGCCUGCACCUGAAGGCGACGCAGACGGCCCACGUGGAGUUCGAAGUGAGCCCCUGCAAGCACUUCAGCAGGGCGACGGAGGGCGGCAAGAAGGUGAUCGAUCAGGGGUCGCACUUCAUGAUGGUCGGCGAGGAUGAGUUCGAGAUGAGCUUCAUGGCUUGAUCCGUUGGCUUGAAGCUGCAAUGUAGCCUUGCUUCGUUUCCAAAGAAUUGCUCUCUAACUUAUUUCAAGGAGAAAGGGGUAAUUUAAGCA